UAGCAGAUUCAGACCGGCAGUCCCGAAGCGUAGAUCUACAAUUUGAUUGUAGUCUACAUACUCCUGCGAGCUGCACGAACGCUUGUUGCAAUGUUGGAAGCAUGGCGCGCGUGCGGCUUGUGUAUGUGCCCCAGUAUUACUAAUACUACCGGUAUGUACUAGUGCCGUAGUGGGCUUGUUUUCGAGAAUCAUGAUCGAUUUGCAACCUUUUCAAGGCUUUUGUUUGUAAUCACUUCGCGACCCAAACAAGAAGAAGAGUGUUUCUGGUUGAGGCGCCAGAGACUGUUGUCGACACUACGACGACGCGGUAUGAAUGUGUGCAUGUUGUGAAGUCCAAUGCUAGAUGUGUGUCGCACCCACUGGUGUGUAGCGUUUCUCGCGCGUUGACGAACUGGCUCCGUCAGCUGCUGCCGCGGGAAGCGGACGUGGACACCAAUCAGCUGCGCAUAGAUGUUAUUUCAGAUCAGGAAAGUGAGUUACUUGGUGAAAGCGCAGUUGGGUUCUUGUCGAUCGCUGUAACCAUUUGCUGCGAGCCCCUCGGGCCUGUUGGAUCUGUGGGGCUUGCGUGAGAGACAGGCGAUCUUUUUUUUAAGCCCAGUAGGGGCACAACGGUAUGGGAAAAGUUCCAUUGAAAGUCUGGAUUAUUUCGUCUCUGUUGCUGAUCGGAGGGGCGCUGUGUGCCCGUCUCUACUUCUCGUCAAACGAUGCAGCAGCUCUGCGCUUCAGUCCCUCACCUCGCGCAGCUCGCCGUCCAGCAGUCGUGGCUCGGACAGGGCAGCGCAGACCUGCGGAAUAUACGCCAGAGCGCCAAAAGGGCGGCAUUCAGCUGCAGGACCGAGUCUCCGACCAAGCGGCACGAGUACGAGCGGGAGGCGUAGUACGGGGCAACGGCGGCGGCGCUGGCCUACCUGUGCUGAAGCAGCAGCUGCCCAACACGAUCCUGAUCGGCGUGAAGAAAGGUGGCACCCGUGCCCUGAUCGAGAUGCUGGCACUGCACCCGAACGUCAGAUCCUCCGGUCAGGAGGUGCACUUCUUCGACCGGGAUUACAACUACGAGAACGGCCUGGAGUGGUACAAGUCGCGCAUGAAGCCGUCCUUGCCGGGCGACAUCGUGAUCGAGAAAUCGCCGGCGUACUUCGUCGUGCAGGAGGUGCCGGAGCGUAUGCGUGCCGAUCUCGGCGAUAAAAUCAAGCUACUGCUGGUGCUGCGUGACCCGGUCAGCCGUGUGGUGUCCGAUUUCAUGCAGGGACAGCAUCACCAGAUGGGCAAGAUGGUGCGUGUCGCCGAUCUCACGCCGUCACAGCUGGCCGCCAUGCAGCGGCGGCUCGAGGCCAAGGUGCUGAAGGCGGACGGCGCCGUCAACCCGAGCGCCAGCUUCAUCAAGGUGGGCCUGUACGCGCAGCACCUGGAGCGCUGGCUGCAUCACUUCGCGCGCCAGCAGAUCUUCAUCACCAGCACGAACACGCUGGUCACGGACCCCGCGGCAGUGCUGAAGCAGGCGUCCGCUUUCCUGGGCUUGUCGCCGUUCAACUGGGACAAGCACAUCGUGCGCGUACCCGGCGUGAAGCUGCCGUGUCUGAGUCGCGUCAAGGAGAGCACAGGCCGGCCGGAGCUGGUCUGCCUGAACGCCACCAAGGGACGCGAGCACAUCCCCCUGCCCGACGCGCUGCGACGCAAGCUGGCCGACUUCUUCCGCCCGCAGAACGCGCUCCUGUUCUCACUCAUAGGCAAGACGUUUGAUUCGUGGCGCCAUGACGACGACCAGCAGCAGGUUGCCGGGGGCAUGCCCGAGCAGCUUGACGUUCAGCUCAAAGCCACUGAUCUGUCCUCGCCGCCGCAGCCGCAGCAGCAGCAGUGGAAUCCAGAGCAGGCAAAACAAGGGAAGCGGAAAACGCCAGCUGCACUCACACCCGUAGACCAGGAGCAGAAUGAACAAGACCCGCUGUGGUAGCCAUUGUGGUAGGUCUGCGUAGGCGUCGUUUUGGGUACGGAAGUGUGAUGCAUUCGGGAGAGAGAGAUAGAGAAGAAGGGAAGAGUGUGUGCGUGUGCGCACAUGCAUGUGUGUGUGUGUGUGUUGUGUGUGUCACGUGUGUGUGUGUAUCCGGCACCCAAUCGGCGUGUAGCAUGUGUUGACUGGUCACUAGAGGCUUCGAUCGGAACUUUCUUCCCUUGACGGCCAGGGAGUGAUACCACCAGGUUCCCGUAUUGUUGAUCUAAUACGCACGCGCAUACAUGCCGUUGGCCAGCGGCCACGGACAAAUCACUAAGACUGCUGUCGGUCUGUGACUUGCAGUACAAUGGUCACCAUCUUGAGAAAAAAAUGGUCAUAAUUAAUCAGACCCCGAACUUACUUUGAUUUGAGUUCCUUUUUUCAGUUUUCACAAAGAUAGUUUUAAAUAAUGAGUGCAUGUUCGCACUAUCACUCUAUGUGUGCUGGUGUGUUGAAAUGAUCCCAGAUGAGCGCAGCACAGCCUUGAUACAUUCUGAGCAGCCCUAUUUGAGGUCACUCCUGACAUGCAGAUUUGCAGCACGCCGCUACUUUUUCCACGGUCGUUCGCGGCCGAGCUUGGGCGAUAACGUCCUGAGUUUGACCAGUGUUUCACUUGGUCGCUUGUGCAAACAUCCAUCAAUGCGGCGGUGCAUGCAUUUUUGUCUUUAUUCUUGUUCACUUUUCUCGGUGUGAUUAUUUUGGACGUGUCCGGCACAGCACAUUAACCUGAACGUCCUCCGCUGAGUCUCUGACAUUGAGCACUCUCUGCAGCUCGGGGAUCAACGGAUUCGUUAAUAUAAUUAUUAGGUAUAACUACUAUAACUCGGAUGGUGUCCUUCUUCUUUUCACAAUUAUAACUACUAUAUGCUAGUAUUAUGGUUUGAA